AGCACGUGGAGGUAUAGACUGAGCUUGCAGAUGUCUCCCCAGAAUCUCUCACUUUCAGACUCACUGCACAUAGCAGUUUUGGCUUCCAUACUUUCUCUUAUCAUUUACUGGAUCAUCAGGGACAGAUACAGAGUGAGAAACCUGAAUGGAGAGCAUGUCUUCAUAACAGGCUGUGACACUGGACUUGGAAACUCACUGGCUAAAUGGCUUGACAAAAAGGGAUUUUGUGUCAUUGCUGCAUGUGCCACAGAAAAAGGAAGCCAAGAGCUACAGUGCUGCUCUUCACUCUCACUGAAGACAGUGAAUCUGAAUUUAACAGACUCCAACAGCAUUGCCAGGGCUGUGGUGUUUGUGACUGAACAGACAGCUGGCAAGGGGCUUUUUGGCUUGGUGAGCAAUGCUGAAGGAACAGCACCUGUAGGACCCACCGACUGGCUAAGGAUUGAAGACUUCCAUUCAGUCCUGGAUGUUAGUCUGCUGGGAUUGAUUGAAAUCACACUCAAGCUUCUGCCACUCCUGAAAAAAGCUGAGGGAAGAGUUGUCAAUCUAAUUAACGCCAAAGGUGUUAUGGCUUUUGUAGGGGGUGGCUACAGUCUGUCCAAAUGGGGAAUGGAAGCUUUCUCUGACACCUUAAGGAUAGAAAUGCGGCAUUUUGGAGUGAAAGUAAGCAUUGUUGAGCAUGGUUUCUUUAAGGCAGAAGAUGUCAAUUCAGAUAUUAUUGAGAAAUACCUCUUCAAACUUUGGAACAGACUGACUCCUGAGAUCAGGGACUCCUAUGGAGAAACAUACUUAGUUGAAUAUAUAAAAGCCCAAAGAUCAUCAGUGAAAAGACUGUGUGACUAUGAUAUUUCUAAUGUCAUAAAAUGCAUGGAACAUGCCCUGAUAGCAAAGUACCCCAGGACACGAUACAGAGCUGGAUGGGAUGCAAAGUUCUUCUGGCUGUUUCUCUCCUAUGCCCCAAGCUGUCUGUCUGAUAUGCUGUUGCGUAUUAUGUUUCCAGCUCCAGCAGAGACCAGGAGACCAGUUCAUGGAGUUCUAAUGAAUGUCUAG